GAUUUAUUCCGCCUUGCCCAACCAAACAGGAGAUGACUGAUGACUUUGAUCACUACACCAAUACCUACCAAAUUUAUUCUAAGGAUCCCCAAAACUGUAAAGAAUUCCUUGGCACAUCAGAAGUCAUCAACUGGAAACAACAUUUACAGAUCCAGAGUUCACAGUCAAGCCUGGAUGAGGUGAUCCAAAAUCUUGCAGCCACUAAACUUGUCAAGGUCAAGAAAACCCAGUGCCUUCUCUAUAUGAUGCCUGAGACAGCAAAGAAACUGGUUCCCUCAUUCCUGGAGGCAAAGAAUUUAUCUCCUAAAUCUGUCAAGCCCAAAGCCAUCAACCAUGAGAUGUUUAAACACUCAUCCCUGGAUGUCACUCAUGCUGCCUUGGUGAAUAGAUUUUGGCAUUUCGGUGGGAAUGAGAAGAGCCAGAGAUUCGUUGAGCGCUGUAUCCGGACCUUCCCCACCUUCUGCUUGCUGGGACCCGAGGGGACCCCUGUGUCCUGGUCCCUGAUGGACCAGACUGGAGAACUACGGAUGGGAAGCACCAUGCCUGAGUACCAGGCACAGGGCCUUGUCUCCAAUGUCAUCCAUAUCCAGACCCAGGCUCUGGAGAAACUCGGCUUCCUGACAUAUCUCCAUACAGACAAAGCCAACAAAAUCGUCCAGAGGAUGUGUCACACUCUGCAACAUGUCCCCAUGCCCUGUGACUGGAACCAGUGGAACUGUGUGCCUCUGUGAAGCCGGUCCCUGAAAUGAAGACAGUGUAGGAUGGGCCUGGGGGUAUGGCUGGAGGAACUGAUGGGUAGAUAGAGAAAAAGGAUAAAUGCAACCCAUGCUAAAGGAUUAGGGUCUGUUUGGGCUCUGGAGAAACAGUAUGAAUGAUGAACAGGACCACCACCCACUCUGACCUCAAAUCACUCAUGGACUUCCCUUCAGCUAUGCUAACAUCUUCCCAGGGUGGUUUCUGGCCUUGUUCAGCUUCCUGCAUGUCUGGAUCUCAUGCCACUUUUUACUCAGCUGUAUGCUGCCCUAAGGCUUCCCUUAGAACUCCUAGCUCAAGGGUGGAUUGUUGCCAGUGGGUACAUCUCUUAUUUUCAUGACCCUGUUUUUAUGUUAAGAAAUACAUAUUUUACACAUGUGUGUAGAAAAAGUUUAGAAGGCUACUAUGCAUUGAACUAUUAAUGGUGAAUUAUGGUGGUGAAAUUUAAAACUGUUAAUUAUUUUCAAAAUUUAGCAAUUUACUUGUUACUCGUAAAAUAAUAAAACAAUGUUUAUUGUGGUAACAUAUGUGACAUAAAGUUUGCCAUUUUAAAAUAUA